AUGGCUUCAUCUCCAGAUUCUAGUAGUACGGUAGAUAGGCGGCAGCGGCCUGUUUCCACCAAUCAGACUAGCGCUUAUGCACGCGCACGGACGUCUCCUCGCCCGAUCUUUCCUCAGCCGGAUGCUCCCGGUAGUGCUUCUACCAGGGAUGAACCGAGCAGUAGCUUGGACCGUCCUCGCCCUACCCUUCCUCGAGUGGUUGUCCCCACGUUCCCGGAGCGGAACCGCCCGCAGGGACAGCAGAAGCGCAACGCCGAUGCUGACCCGCCAUCCCCUCGCCAUCGCAUGACGAAACGCCAGCGCAAGGGAAUCACCGCGAAGGAGAAGCUCCACUGGUUGAAGAUGCAGGACUCGCAGCCUGACCUGUCGAAUCGCGCCCUGGCGAAGCUCGCGAAGGUGCAGCCAUGCCAGAUCCGCGAUUGGAAGAAGAUGAGGGAGCGGCUCGAGGUCUCUUCCAGCUGCCGUCGUCGCCUCAUGGGAGCUGGCCGCAAGUCCAAGUUCCCUUUCUUGGAACGGGCGGUCUACCGCCAGUUCCUCAAGCACAGGGGGAGGGGGCUCGCCGUUUCGAUCAGCAUGCUCCAGAAGUGGAGCGCCAAGUACAUGAAGCACCGGAUGCCCGGGGGUGAGGUGGAAGUCCUUGACGACGUCAACGACCUGGUUGACGACGAGCUCGUCGUCAACCCCUUCUACGCCGAAGUCCCCAUGCCGGCCGAGGUGCUGCAGGCGGCGGCAGAGGAGGCUGACGCCGCUGAGGAGGACGCGGAAGCGGCGGCGGCAGAGGAGGAGGGGGGCAUGCUUGAGGAAGGCGGGGAGGGAGAGGAGCCCAGCGAUGACGAAUGGUGGCGCCCUAGCCGCUUUGACGGGGAAGACUGUGAAGAAUGGCAUGCAGGAGACGAUUCUGAGUAG